AUGAAGAUAGGGAUCUCUGAAGAAGAUGCAAGUCAUGAACAUAGUGCCAACAUGGUGGUGCACGCGCUCUCGCAUACGGGAGAGAAGCCGUACCAGUGCGCUGAGUGUGGCAAAGCGUUCACCCAGCAACGCAACUACAAGUACCACAUGUCAGUGCACGCGGGAACGCACGAGUUCGCCGCCGCCUGCCCCGAGUGCGGCAAGGUGUUCAACAACCGCGGCUACCUCAGCUCGCACAUGAAGAUCCACCGCAACCGCAGGGAGUACGCCUGCGCCGAGUGCGGGCGGCGCUUCAACCAACGCGUCGCCUACACCACGCACAGACGCAUACACACAGGAGAGCGGCCACACGCCUGCUCCCUGUGCGACAAAGCCUUCGCGCGCAAGAUGCUGCUUAACCAGCACAUGCGGACGCACACCGGUGAGAAGCCCUUCAGCUGUGAGGUGUGCGGGAAGCGGUUCGCGGACCGCAGCAACAUGAUGCUCCAUCAGCGCCUGCACUCGGGCAUCAGGCCGUACAGCUGCUGCCAGUGCGGCAAGGCGUUCACCAAGAAGCACCACCUGGAGGCGCACAUGUCCUGCCACACGGGGCUGCGGCCGCACGCCUGCGACCGCUGCGGCGCGCGCUUCAGCCAGCCCGGCAACAUGCGCACGCACCGCAAGAAGUGCACCGCGCCGGGUCCGCCCCGCGGGGGCGGUGUCGGCGUCGCUUCCAGCCGUGCACGCACCACGCUGCCCACACAGUUCAGCUUUCGGCCGUCAGUAGCAGACAGAGGCCGCAACGACUCGGCGGGCACGCGCCUGCGCUGCCCACACGAGAGCUACUGUGUCGCCUCAUCACCCGGACGACAGGUGCUACUGGACAAUUGA